AUGGGGACAGCUGAGGCAACUUUACGUAUGGACAGCAUGGAGGUGAAGGACGAAUGGCAGGAUGAGGACUUUCCCAGGCCUCUACCAGAAGAUGGAGAUUCCACAUGCGGCCUCACAGACAACAGAACCAACCCCCCCUGUAGUCUGAACGUGGGUGGAUCGGGCAAGGACCAGUCCAAACGCCGGACGCUGACUGCCCCCGAGAUGAACUUGUCACUGGAUCACAGCGAGGGCUCGCUGCUCUCAGAUGACCUGGACAUCAACGUGGACGAUAUGGAGACGCCCGACGAUACCGACUCGCUGGACUUUGCCAAUAAUGGCAAUGAGCUGGAGUGGGAAGAUGACACCCCCGUUGCCAGCGCCAAAUGUCUUCCAGGCGAAGGCGAGGAGGAGCGGGACUCAUCGGGCCGCCUGUGGAGAACGGUCAUCAUCGGCGACCAGGAGCAACGUAUUGACAUGCAGGUCAUCAGGCCAUACCUCAGGGUCGUCACGCACGGAGGCUAUUACGGAGAAGGCCUGAAUGCCAUCAUCGUGUUUUCAGCCUGCUAUCUCCCAGACAGCAGUUGUGACGACUACUCGUACAUCAUGGAGAACCUCUUCUUGUACGUGGUGAGCAGCCUGGAGCUGCUGGUAGCCGACGACUACAUGAUCGUCUACCUGAAUGGCGCCACGCCGCGCAGGAAGAUGCCCGGCAUCGGCUGGCUGAAGAAAUGCUACCAGAUGAUUGACAGGAAAUUGAGGAAGAAUCUCAAGUGUCUCAUCAUUGUUCACCCAACGUGGUUCAUCCGGACAAUUCUGGCCAUCUCCAGACCUUUCAUCAGCGUGAAGUUCCUGGACAAGAUACGUUACGUGUAUACUCUGCACGAGCUAAGCCUGCUCAUCCCCAUGGAGCACGUGCAGGUGCCUGAGUGUGUGCUGCAGUACGACGAUGAGAAGAUAAAAGCAAGACUGGAGCAAGAGCAACAGAAUGGAAACGUUUUGCCGCCUACAGAAAGGCUGAAGCAAACGAUAGCCGAGAUUGGGGGCGAAAUCUGA